AGGCAGCGCAGCCACACACACCAAACCAUCACGACUCUCAUUCGGUCAUUCCUUGCACUCUGUCUUCGCCUUUCUCCUGUCUCUGGCUCUCUUCGGCAUGGGGAACUUCACGUCCUGCACGCUGGCCAUGAUCCCCGGGGCGGCCAAGGCCGCUAGGGUAGUGCUCCCCGACGGCGGUCUGAGGCUGGUCAGGCCCCCGGCGACGGCGGCGGAGCUGAUGCUCGAGGCGCCGGGCCAUUUCCUGACUGACGCGCACGCGCUGCAGGCGGGGCACCGGAUCGAGGCGCUUGCGGCUGACGACGACCUCGAGCUCGGGGGCGUCUACGCCGCCUUCCCCAUGCAGCGGCUUGGCUCCAAGGUCGCGCCCGCCGACGUGGCUCGUCUGGCUGCCGUUUUCGCCGGGGAGGCUCAUGCCCGGAGGCCCGCUUCGGCCAAGGUAGCAGCCAUUGUCGUGGCGCCGCCCGAGGUGGCUCCCGUUGCCGCCGACGAGGACAUCGCGCCGGUCAGUACGCUGCGGUUGGAUGAAAUGGCCGUGGACGACGAGGCGACUGCGGCAGAGAUCGGAGAGCUUAAGCAACGGAUAAGCGGCGGUCGCUUGUCGAGGCGACGGCCAACGUUGGACACUAUACACGAGGGGAGCUACGCCGGAGUGCCAUGCUAAUGCUACAAGUCAAUUAGCCACUGAACAAACAUAGAGAUGGCAAAGGCCUUCUCUCGUAUUUUAUUUUUGAUUAUGGGUAAAAUUUGCUGCCUCUUUUUCAUGUAUUUUUGAGCGAUGAAAGGGCAAUUGAACACAAAUAAAGUUGGGCAAGUGAUUAAUGAA